CGUAGUAGAAUUAUGUUUAAUUGAGUAAGCAUAAUGGCCGCCACAUAAUGAUUUCCACUUUAUAUGUAUCUUCCCAUGCUCUGCUAUAGGGCAAAACUCACCUACUCAGCACGCACAUCAGUGUCCACCUCCAAUUCCCUAUCAUAUAUACCUUAUAUAUAUAUUCUCGGUGCUCACCUUGUCCUUCUAUCUUAUAAGCAAUUUCACAAUCUUUGUCUAGUUAAGAUAUUCAUAGUGUUAUAAAGAAUUUUCAUUUUCACCUAUUUCAUAUACUAGAAUCUUCGGGGAAAGUUAUAUCGAUACAUAUCAGUGUUGGCCGAUGACGGGAGAGGCAAUAGAGUUGAACAUGAGCCCUGACACUUGGAGGGAACAUGCAGGCAUUUCCACCGUAAUUUCUGCUCCUCCAUCUCAACUCCAUUGCCCUUCAAUGGCAAGGUCACCUUUAUUAGAUAUAGCACCAAAAACCCCUAAAAGCCCAUUAGCUUCCCGUCUGAUGACUCCGAUAGCGAGCCCCGUGAAGAAGGCAAUUACAAGCAUGCAAUGUUACUUAGAAGAAGUUGGUCACUUCACCAAGCUUGAUCCCCAAGAAGCAUGGCUUCCUAUAACGGAGUCUAGGAGCGGUAAUGCUUACUACUCGGCUUUUCAUACUCUCAGUUCUGGCAUUGGAGUGCAAGCCCUUGUUCUUCCCUUAGCUUUCACUACCCUUGGGUGGACUUGGGGACUUGUAAGUCUAUCUCUAAUUUUUAUGUGGCAGCUAUAUACUUUAUGGCUGUUGAUUCAGCUACAUGAAUCUGAGUCUGGAAUGCGCUAUAGCAGAUACCUUAGACUAUCAAUGGCAGCUUUUGGUGAAAAGCUAGGGAAAUUGCUUUCCCUCUUUCCAAUCAUGUAUUUAUCAGGCGGCACAUGUGUGACUCUGAUUAUGAUUGGAGGUGGAACAAUGAAAAUCCUUUUCCAAAUUGUCUGCGGAGAAACGUGUAAUUUGAAGCCACUGCUAACAACAGAAUGGUACUUAUUGUUCACUUGUUCGGCCAUUGUAAUAGCUCAGCUGCCCAACUUAAAUUCAAUAGCUGGAGUAUCGCUAAUUGGAGCAGUAACAGCUGUAAGCUACUGUACCCUGAUAUGGGUAGUGUCCAUUAUUCAAGGGAGGCCAACGGAUGUCUCCCAUGAUCCUCCAGAAGCAAAUUCUGAUACGGCCAGACUUUGUAGCAUCUUCAAUGCGCUUGGGAUAAUUGCCUUUGCUUUCAGAGGUCACAAUCUUGUGCUCGAAAUACAGGGGACUAUGCCUUCAAGUGCAAAGCAGCCAUCUCGUCUGCCUAUGUGGAGAGGAGUAAAGUUCGCAUAUUUAAUUAUAGCAAUGUGCUUGUUUCCACUAGCAAUUGGUGGCUAUUGGGCUUAUGGAAACUUGAUACCAGGAAAUGGAGGGAUGCUAAACGCUUUGUACAAAUUCCAUGGACAUGACACAUCAAAGACUCUACUUGGACUAACAAGCUUACUUGUUGUGAUUAACUGCCUAAGCUCGUUUCAGAUAUAUGCCAUGCCAGUAUUUGACAAUUUAGAACUUAGAUAUACAAGCAAAAUGAAUAAACCAUGCCCAAGAUGGCUACGCUCAGUAAUUAGAAUGUUCUUCGGGUGUUUGGCAUUCUUUAUAGCCGUGGCAUUUCCAUUCUUGCCUAGCUUGGCAGGAUUGAUAGGAGGGAUUGCACUACCAGUCACCUUAGCAUAUCCAUGUUUCAUGUGGAUAAUCAUGAAGAAACCCCAUAAAUAUGGUGCCAUCUGGUGCUUGAAUUGGACACUGGGACUGUUCGGCAUGGUGCUUAGCAUCCUUGUGGUCGCUGCAGCAAUAUGGACUAUCGUGACUAUGGGAAUAGAAAUUCACUUCUUCAAGCCGCAGUAAGAAGUAGCUGAACGCAGCUGCCCCGCACUGGACGCAGACCUGUUAACCUGACUAUAAUCUGCUCAUUGUAAAGCAAAAUGACAUGAAAGGGGCAAUGCACUAUUCCUUAACAACUUGAAGAACCCCUCUCACUCUCUUAAUUGUAGAAUAUUAAAUUCUUGGGUCCUUGAUAUGUAACACUCCCAACCCAGCAAACUGAUAAUAUUAUAUAAAUAAAGAGCCUAUUUUGCUUCCUCUGA